CCGGCCGCCUCCGCCUCCGCCUCCAGCGUCCACUCCACUCCACUCCACUCCACUGAGCGCCUCUUCCCUCCCCCGCGUUCCGCUUAUAAACGCCUUCGAGCCUUGCACACUCGCCCCGGUUCACGCCGCCUCGUACCUCUCCUCCUCCUCCCCAGCCUCGCCGUGGUCCGGCGGUUUUGAAUGCAGCAGCGCGGCCGCUCCUACAACCGCCGCGACCGGAGCUUCUCCCGAGCCCGCCUCGCCGUCGAGGGGUAUUCACCUCGAAACGCCCUCGCGCCACACAAAGCUGAACUUGAUUCCGACGAGCGAUCGCGCGGGUUAGCCCUUGAUGGACGCCGCCGCCGUUGCUGCUGCGAAUGGGGGGCCGGAGGCGGAGGAGAGGAAGGCGCAGAGGAGCUACUGGGAGGAGCACUCCAGGGACCUCACCCUCGAGGCCAUGAUGCUCGACUCCCGCGCCGCCGAGCUCGACAAGGAGGAGCGCCCGGAGGUACUGUCUUUACUCCCUUCAUAUGAAGGGAAGUCUGUACUGGAACUGGGCGCCGGAAUAGGUCGCUUUACAGGUGAACUGGCUAAAACAGCUGGGCAUGUUCUUGCACUGGAUUUCAUUGAAAGUGUGAUUAAGAAGAAUGAAAGCAUAAAUGCUCACUACAAGAACACAUCCUUUAUUUGUGCUGAUGUCACAUCCCCGGACCUCAUGAUUGAAGCGAACUCCAUUGAUCUGAUAUUUUCAAACUGGUUACUGAUGUAUCUUUCAGAUGAGGAGAUUGACAAGCUAGUAGAAAGAAUGGUAAAAUGGCUGAAGGUUGGUGGCUACAUCUUCUUUAGGGAAUCUUGCUUCCAUCAAUCUGGAGAUUUAGAAAGGAAAGUGAACCCGACACACUAUCGAGAACCAAGGUUUUAUACCAAGGUUUUUAAAGAGUGCCAAGCCUUUAAUCAAGAUGGCACUUCUUUCAAACUUUCUCUGGUUACUUUCAAGUGCAUUGAAGCUUACGUAGACAUCAAGAAAGAUCAAAACCAGAUAUGUUGGCUAUGGAAAAAAGUAAAUUCAUCAGAAGAUGGGGGCUUUCAAAGUUUUUUGGAUAACGUGCAGUACAAAGCCAGUGGAAUUUUACGCUAUGAACGUAUAUUUGGAGAUGGUUACGUGAGCACUGGUGGAGUUGAGACUACAAAAGAAUUUGUGGAUAAAUUGGAUCUUAAACCCGGGCAGAAGGUGCUUGAUGUUGGAUGUGGAAUUGGGGGAGGCGACUUUUAUAUGGCUGAAGAGUAUGAUACUCAUGUUGUUGGCAUUGAUCUUUCCAUUAACAUGAUACUAUUUGCCCUUGAGCGUGCUGUUGGGCGCAAGUGCUCCGUGGAGUUUGAAGUUGCUGAUUGUACCACGAAGACAUACCCAGACCAUACAUUUGAUGUCAUCUACAGCCGUGAUACUAUCCUUCAUAUACAAGAUAAACCCUCCUUGUUCAAAAGUUUCUUCAAAUGGCUAAAGCCUGGGGGCAAGGUCCUAAUCAGUGACUACUGCAAGAGCCCUGGGAAACCAUCAGAAGAGUUUGCAGCAUACAUUAAGCAGAGAGGUUAUGAUCUCCAUGAUGUGGAGGCAUAUGGACAGAUGCUCAAGAAUGCUGGUUUCAGUCAUGUCAUAGCUGAAGAUCGAACUGAUCAGUUCCUCGGGAUUUUACAGAAGGAGCUGGAUAAAUUUGAAAAGAACAAAGACGAUUUCCUGUCCGACUUCAGCCAGGGGGACUAUGACGAUAUUGUGAACGGAUGGAAAGCAAAACAGCAGAGGAGCUCUGCUGGUGAGCAGAGGUGGGGCCUGUUCAUCGCAACCAAGUGAUGAUGGCCCUGAUGCCGGUGUGGCCUUAUUACAAAUAAAGUGGCUUUCACCAGAAUAAAUAAAUAAACAGAAAGAAUUGUUCGAGAAUUUGUAUGCCGCUGCACUGUUUUUCUGAUCUGGGGAGUGCUAGAGCCUACCUGCCUAUCAUGUUCCUUUUGUCCUUGGAAGUGGUUCAAUGUCAUGGUCCCGUGAUUGCAGUGAUGCAUUGCAUCAUGUGCCGUAACGAGGUCACUUACCCGUGAAGCCUAAUAAAGCUAUCAGCAAUUUGCAUGGCUUGGUA